GCACGCCUUGGAGUGCCGCCGGGGAGCCAGUUUCGGGACAUCGGCUUCCUGACGCACAUGGCAGAUCCGGCGGGCUUUUGCAUCGAGCUGCUGCAAACGACGUUUGAGUCCAGUGCAGCAGAGAGGGCGGAGCGGCUGACGCGCCCGGUCGCCAACAAAGCGACCAUCGGCCAGGACUUCGUCAGCUUCACAGGGAGGGUCAUCGGACAGAUUACCACCCGCAUCACCGACCCCAAGCGAAGCUUGGAUUUCUACCAGAGGGUAAUGGGAAUGAAGCUGCUGUCCGUGCAGGCGCAGCUUGAAGCUGUAGAGCAGCUGUCGCUCUAUUUCGUCGCGUACACAGAGGACAGCCCUCCCAUAGCGGAUCUUGAGGCCGUGGAGAAUCGGGAGUGGCUGUACCAGCGCGACUACACCACCUUGGAGCUGCAGCACAGGUGGGACUACCGGCCCGGCAGCUUGCGGCUGCCUGCCGACGACGAGGAGGGCAUGGCUGGUAUCGUGGUCCGGCUGCCACCGGAGCAGCUGCGCAGGCUUGCGGAGGGGAAAGAUGGCGAUGUUCUACACGAUCCAGAUGGUCUGCGAAUUCAGCUGGAGCCUCUCUGA